ACAUGGUAGGAGAAUCUAGUUGUUACUGGUCGCGUUGAAGCAGGGACCAUCAAAGUUGGUGAAGAAGUUGAAAUUUUGGGGUUAACGCAGGGUGCCCCUUUAAAAACUACAGUUACUGGGGUUGAGAUGUUCAAGAAGAUCUUGGAUCAAGGACAGGCUGGAGACAAUGUCGGACUUCUUCUUCGUGGACUAAAAAGAGAGGAUGUGCAGCGUGGAAUGGUAAUUGCCAAACCUGGAAGCUUGAAGACAUACAAAAGGUUUGGGGCAGAGAUAUAUGUCCUCACGAAAGAUGAAGGUGGACGUCAUACGGCCUUUGAAUCAAAUUACAGGCCCCAGUUUUAUCUGAGGACGGCAGAUGUCACUGGAAAAGUGGAAUUACCUGAAAGUGUUAAGAUGGUUCUGCCAGGGGACAAUGUCACUGCAACUUUUGAGCUGAUCUCACCCGUGCCUCUUGAAGCAGGACAAAUAUUUGUCUUGAGAGGAGGUAGAACUGUUGGUGCUGGUGUCAUAUCGAAAGUACCGAGCUAAGAAGUUUUCGUUUUGGUUUA